AAUAUCGGUGGGCGGGGCCUGCGUGUGGAAUCGUAGGCAUGCGCAGACAUUUUGUCAGUGCUGGUGGAGGUUCCGGCGCUGUGGCUGUACUGCACUCAAGCUGCAGUUAUGGUGAAGAAGCGGAAGAAUCGGAAGAACCGGAUCGUUAUCGACUCGGACUCCGACGAUAGCGGCAGCGAUGACAACCUGGAUCAGGAGCUGCUUUCCCUUGCCAAGCGCAAAAGGAGUGAUUCAGAGGAGAAGGAACCGCCAGUCAGUAAACCUGCUGCAACCUCAGACUCGGAAACCUCCGACAGCGAUGACGAAUGGACGGUUGGGGGGGUUAAAACCAAGAAAAAGAGCAAACCUGAAAAAAAAGGACUGGAGAAGAAACCGUCUGCGAAGAAGACUACUAACAAGGGCGCCUCCUCUGCCAGCUCCGGGAAGGACAGCUCGGGAGAUAGUUCUGCACCUGAAGAAGGUGAAGUUUCAGACUCUGAGAGCAACAGUUCUUCCUCGAGCUCUGACUCGGAUUCCUCUUCGGAGGAAGAGGAGUUUUGUGAUGGCUACGGCGAUGAUCUUAUGGGCGAUGAAGAAGACAGAGCUCGUCUGGAACAGAUGACUGAGAAGGAGCGAGAACAGGAGUUAUUUAACCGGAUUGAGAAGAGAGAAGUGCUUAAAAGACGGUUUGAGAUUAAGAAAAAGCUGAAAACCGCAAAGCGCAAAGAAAAGAAAGAGAAAAAAAAGAAACAUGACGAGGAGCAAGAGAAAAAGAAACAAACGCAGAUCCUGGAGGCCCAGGUUACGUCCCAUAACAAGGAAAGGCGCUCCAAGAGAGAUGAGAAAUUGGACAAGAAGUCACAGGCUAUGGAGGAGCUGCGAGCAGAACGAGAGAAGAGAAAGAACAAGACCGCUGAACUUAUUGCCCGUAAGCAACCUCUAAAGACGAGUGAAGUGUACUCUGAUGAUGAAGAGGAAGAAGAGGAUGAAAAGUCUAGUGAGAAGAGCGACCGUUCCUCUAGAUCGUCUUCGUCGUCUGACGAAGAAAUGGAAACGGAAGAAAUUCCACCAAAGUCUUUGCCCGUUUCUUUACCGGAAGAACUAAAUAAAGUUCGCCUGUCGCGUCAUAAAUUGGAACAUUGGUGCCACAUGCCCUUCUUCGCCAAAACGGUUUCUGGAUGCUUUGUGCGGAUCGGUAUCGGCAACCAUAACAGCAAGCCCGUGUACAGGGUAGCGGAAAUCACUGGUGUAGUGGAAACUGCUAAAGUUUACCAGCUGGGUGGCACAAGGACGAACAAAGGCCUACAGCUCAGACACGGAAGUGACCAGAGAGUAUUUCGCUUAGAAUUUGUGUCCAACCAAGAGUUUACAGAAAGUGAAUUCAUGAAGUGGAAGGAAGCCAUGUUCUCAGCGGGGAUGCAGCUCCCCACGUUGGACGAGAUUAACAAAAAAGAGGUCACAAUUAAAGAAGCCGUGAACUACAAAUUCAAUGACCAGGACAUUGAAGAGAUUGUAAAGGAAAAAGAACGGUUCCGGAAAGCCCCAUCCAACUAUGCCAUGAAAAAGACCCAGCUUUUAAAAGACAAGGCCAUGGCCGAGGAAGCUGGAGAGCAGGAUCGGGCAAAACAGAUUCAAGACCAGCUGAAUGAAUUGGAGGAAAGGGCAGAAGCUCUGGAUCGCCAGCGGACAAAGAAUAUUUCUGCUAUUAGCUACAUUAAUCAGCGGAACAGAGAAUGGAACAUAGUGGAGUCUGAGAAAGCCCUAGUGGCGGAGAGUCAGAGCAUGAAGCAGCAGCAGAUGGAUCCGUUCACCAGAAGACAAUGCAAACCUACUAUGGUGUCCAAUUCCAGGGACCCGGCAGUACAGGCCGCCAUCAUGGCUCAGUUAAAUGCUAAGUAUGGAUCGACUGGAAACCCAGACCCUACUAAAGAUAAAGCAACGAAUCAAAGCAAAGAUAAAGACGGCAACACGAAGUCUACCAGCGACCUGUCAGAAGACUUAUUUAAAGUGCACGACUUUGAUGUUAAGAUUGAUCUGCAAGUCCCCAGUUCAGAAUCCAAGUCACUCUCCAUCUCUUCCAAAGCUCCCCCCUCCAAGGAUGGAGCGCCAAGAAGAUCUUUAAACUUGGAGGACUACAAGAAAAGAAGAGGACUGAUCUAAGAGUCUGGGCCGCUGCUCCAGACCUUGCAUGUUCCAUCGUGUUACAUCAGGUUUUUUAUUUCUCCAUUAUUACUUUUUUUGGGGUUUGUUUUUGUCUUCACCAGACCGGAGCAGCAAAAAGGAAGAGAAGACUUUGUACCAUCCUAAAAAAAACUACAUGUAAAUAAACUGUAUAUACCUGUC